AUGGCGGAAACAGAUGAGCCCAUAUCGUCACUCGACAUAUCGCUAUCCCCCGCUGCAAUCGACUCGGAACUCAGGACGCAAAAUGCCUCUCCGGACGACUUUGAGCGGCGCAACAUCAUCGAGCGAACCCAAACCGCCGUUGAGAUUCGAUGCGAUCUCAUGGAAGUGACCCACGGUUGGAUGGGACAAUCUGGGGAUGACUACGCAACGCUGAUGGUCCUCCGUUUUCGCUUUGACCCUCAAAAGACUUCCCGGCGACUGCGCCGUGUCCGGGUCAGCGUUGAGCUUCUCUCGUCGUCGCCCGGCGGCGACGCCCCCGAGGUUGCUGCCAUCGCCCCCGAGGAACGCUGGAGUGUGGCGCCGACGGUGGACCAGGAAACAGUUGUCCGGGGAGCCGAAAUCCAGGUCGGCGCAUCGGGCAUUCCAUUUGUGGAUGCUGGGGUGAACACGACGCUGGAGAAGACGGUGGCUCGCGAUGUGAGUGACGCGACAACAGUCACCGGGUCCAUCAAUCUGGGAGAGGGGAGGAACUCGGGCUCCUCGACAUGCGCAGUCUGGACUCUCCUCGAGAACAAGCGGCGUGAAACUGGGGUGCCGGACACGCUGAAGGUCGCGAUUCUCCUUAGACGGAUGGAUGAGGAGCCAUACGAAGCCACAUUCGCAUUGGAGGCGGAGGCAGAUUUCGCGACAAAGUUCGAGUCACUGCUCAAAUUUAGCGCCAAGCAGCCGCUGGAUGACCCUGUUCUCUUCAAUCCGCGAUGGGAGCCUAAGAAACCAAGAAAGGGCCGAAGCAGGGGCGUCGAGAACCUUGGGACGAUUGACUUAUAUUCUCUCUGCGAGGUGAGGAUGGCACCCGAAGCUUUCUUCCACCCUCUCAUCGGGUCAAGAGCUCCGCGCGCUUGCCAGGCACCCAGGCCUCAGAUGUCCUACAGGGCUUCCCUCAAUCGGCUCGAGGUUCUCGAGCGGACACAGAAGAGGCGCCAGAGCCAAGGUCUGAGCCAAGUUCAUCAGGACCACCACUCGGACUACAAAUACACGCAGACAGCAGCUCCCCUGAUUACGAUGCAUGGAAUUCAUGGUGAUAUGGCGACAUGGGGCAUUGACGAGUCCAAUCUCGAGGUGACCGACGACUGUUGGCUGCCGCUUCGUUUCGAGAAUGCUAGGAUUAUGACGUUCAAUUACGACACAGACCCAGAAAAGACGCGAUACUACACACGUCUUGGGGUCGAGGAAGAAGCGAAGAAGCUGUUGGCGAGCAUCGAGCAGCAUCGUCAGGGUGCCGAAGACAGGCCGAUCGUGUUCGUCACACACGACUUGGGCGGGUUGAUCGUUAAGGCCAUCACCUUCGGCUAUCCUCAUGUGACCGCCCACUCGGCCGAACUCGAGGAGGAACUCGUCUUGCUGCUGAAUCUGCGCCCCGAGUGUUUCCUCCCCAGCUGCAGCCGCAUCAUAGCUGCAAGUCUUGCCGAGACAUGUGCCGAGGUUAAUGGCGACUUCAUCCAUACCCACGCCGCCGCGCUUGUGCGGCUGCGAGUUGUGUCGAUUGCCUCAGAACACACAAGUAAACCCGAGCAAGUUUUCGGGAUUAACAUUGCCUGGUUUGGCAAGGAACCCGCGUUCAACAUAACCAGCGACAGUACUCAUAUGGACCUCGUCAAAAUAGGAACCUCCGGUCCUGAGGCAUUGGAAAAUGUGAUACACAAAGGCUGGAAAGGCGGCAGAGCUCACGACCACGACGAAUCAAACCUAGACACCCUGUUCAGAAAGCUUCUACACGUGGAAUGCGAUGAGGAAGACGUCAUAUACGUCUCUGAAGCCUUGAAUAACAACAUGCGGCACAGCAAGAAAACGAACGUCCAGCUUAUCUAUCAGCGCAGAGCCGCAGAAUACAUCUUCCUUCUUGCCGACUUUGGCGAGUGCGACGAUUCGUCGUUGGCCUUCCUCGACCAACUUCGAUUCCGCCUCAGCAAGACAGAGGCUCGAUACCGAUUUGUUGUGACAACCAGCAAGGGUCCCAAUACCAACAAGCGUCUUCUUGAGAUGUUACCGGAAACAGCGCCCAGCUUCUAUCACCGUGUCGACCUUGAUUCGUCUGCGAAGGGCCCAGGGUCGAAGCACGGGAUAAACGCCGAAUUCGAGCUAUCAAUGUUGUUUCAGCGGUAUCCUGACUACACUCACGAGAGCCUAAUGGACCAGAUCAGAGACAUUGUCACUGUACGGUAUAACGAUCAUCCGGACUUGUGCUCAAACAUCACCGACUGGCUCAACGCCCACGGGGGGGACCACCAAAGUUCAGGGGUGCAAGAAGGCCUUGGGGCCCUGGCAACGGAGGAGCCAACCGCGGACGCCGUCUAUCACGUAAUCUUUGGCAGCCUGCCCCAGAUGCAACAUUCCUGGGCACGGAUUGUGCUAACAUGGCUCCUGACAGCCGUCCGGCCGUUGAGGUUCAGGGAGUUUUUGUUGCUCUCAGACACGGCUCAAGCAGAGGACGGCCGGGGUGUUCGCGACCUUGACUCAAUCUCUCAGAGGAAACACGGGAUAAAUGACGUGAAACGGACGUUGCGGGUCUUUGGAGGCCUUGUCGAAGAAUGCAACGGAGAGGUCCGCCUGGCGAAUCGGUCUAUAAGGCGGUGGCUGUUAUCACAACAAGCAAACGAAGAAGCAUCUGCCGACGAGAAGAACCACGGCCGGGAAGGCCAGUGGUACACGUGUCUUGGCGCCGAAGUCCAACGCCACCUUUCCAUUGUGAAGUCUUGCCUCGAACUGUUAACGGCUAUCAAGACCGAGGGGCCGCUGGGGACACUUGGAUAUGCCGCUCAACAUUGGGUUACUCACUACAAACUUGCACGGGAUCUCGACAAAGUUGCUACGGCAUCUUCUGUCCACGCUGACAUCUCGGCUUUCUUCAAACAUACAACUGCAUGGGGCGCCUGGUGGCAGAGCUACGAGGAGCUUUCCGACAGCCUGGACAAGCGAGUUGGAGUCGAAACGCCGCUUCAAAUCGCAGCACACCUGGGUCUAGAAGACUUUAUUGAAUGUUUGCGAGACGGGUUAACGCCCGACGACUCCUCUUAUCAGUAUGCACUAGACCAGGCGGCCGAAAUGGGCCAUAUCAACACCCUCCGCCUCCUUCUUCCACCCAACGGUGCCAGAUUUGAUGAGGGUCUGCACGAUCCCCACGUCCAGAGACAUGCCAAGGCAGCGGCUCGCGGAGGUGCCGAAGUUCUCAGGGAAAUUAUCGGCCGGAUUCCCAAGGAGGACCUCACCGACAUGGAAAAUCGAGAGUUCUUGGUCAAUAUCAUGAGCAGAGCGGCCUGGGAUGGCCUUGAUGAUGUAAUACGGCUUGUUGGAGACCCAGGGCCGUAUGUAAGCCCUGGGUCAUCGUGCUCGGUUCUGCCAGGACGCACACCUCUCAGUCUAGCCGUCCGGCGACAUCACAUGAAUGCGUUUCACGCAUUGCUGGACAUAGGAGUUGAGGUGGACGCGUACUGCUGUGAGCCCAAGCCGCAUGACGAAAGUUCGAGGGCAAUGCAGAUGGCGAGCGACUACGGGAUCGACGAUGCUGUCGCCGUCCUGCUGGAGAAGGGGGAUGUUGUCAAGAUUGACGACACCCAAUGGUCAUAUAUCCAGUGUGCCGCUGACUGGGGCCAGCAUGCCGCUGCGAAGGUGCUGGCCGCCCAUAGCCCAUACCGGGAUUACAUCGAAUCCGGUGCCUCAAACGACCCGCUCAUCCGUGCUGCCGAGCUAGGGUUCCUCGAGACUUUCAAGGCUGUCUUGACGCCAGACGUUGAAAUCGACCUCUCAUCGACAUAUGGGACCACCCUUUACUACGCCGUCUUUGGAGAAAACAUCGAAAUCUGCCGUAUUCUGUUGACGAGGGGCGCCAGCGUCGACCUGUCAGUCGCAAACCAGAUGACCCCUCUUGCUCGGGCUUCCCUCGACAAUUUGCUGGAGAUUGCUGAGCUCCUCCUGGAUCAUGGGGCUGAGGUGGACAAGACAAGUGUUUUGGACGACAUCGCAGGAACCACACCUCUCCACAUCGCUGCGACUCGACAACACGAAGAUAUGGCAGCUCUCCUUUUGCGGCGAAAGGUCGACCCCAACGCUCGAAACGGGGAGGGAUGGAGCGUCCUCUGUGCGGCCGCCAAGCUGGGUAAUGUCGACAUGAUCAACCAGCUUGUCGCUGCUGGGGCCGAUGUCAACAUGCCUUGCACGCCAGAAAGAAUGACGGCCCUGCACGUGGCUGUCGAGUACCCAGAGGCGGUGCGUGCCCUUCUGAAGCAUGGUGCGGAUCCACGGCAGAAAAGCACCGCUGUAGUGGGUUCAACACCGCUCGAUCGGGCCAUGCUGGAAAAUACCGAUGCCACCACCGUGCAGAUUAUGCUAGAGGAAUCUACCGAGAACAUGAAGCCCGACUUCACGCUUGCCAGCUUUAGAUCAGCACUUGCGGAUGCGGUGCGGUCAGGAAAGUACGAGAUUGCGAGGAUGCUGCUAGAAGCCGGAGCCGAUGUCGACCAAGAUUGUGAUCAGACGUCGGGCAUGACGCUGCUCUCACUUGCCGUCACUUCCGAGAAUGUCAAUACCGUGCGCACCAUUCUGGAGUUCCGUCCCGAGCUACACACCGGGGAUGCCGAUGGCAACACGGCCCUGCAUUACGUGGGCGAGGACGCCUUGGUUGAAAUUGCUCCGCUACUCGUCAAUGCCGGCUGUGCUCUCGACGCCGUGAACAAGGAGGGUACUUCCCCUCUGACCAAGGCCGUCAGUAACGGCCACCUAGCCGUCGUGGAAUACAUGCUCACCAAGCCCUCGGCCCUCCGCACGCUCAACCUCGUUCAGGACAACAACAACAUCCCGCUCCACAAGGCCUGUCUGAACGCCAACGCAGAAAUGGUCGCUCUCCUCCUUGCCAAGGGCGCUGACCCCAACCUCCGCAGCAGGGGCACUAUCGGCGGCACCCCCUUAGCGUGUGCCUGCCUCCACGAAUACCAAGACGCAUCCAACUACAUGCCCGAGAGCGACGCCAUCAUCCGUCAGCUCAUCUCCAGCGGCGCCAUCGUUACCCUCCCGGCCGGCGUAUACGGGUUCGCCUUGCACGCGGCCGCUUCCGCCUCGGCGCCCGACAUCAUCCAGUUAUUCCUCGAAAAGGGGGCCGACAUCGAGGGCGUCGACGCCCUCGGACGGCGACCCAUCCACAAGGCGUGCUACAACUCCCUACCAGCCCUUCAGGCCCUCAACAUCCCCGACGCCCACUUCGCUCUACGAGACAAACUCGGCUGUCUGCCGCUCCAUUACGCCGUGCUCAGCGGGCAGCAAGAUCUCCUCGCCGAAGUGCUCUCGCGAUCGGCCAAAGUGGGCCUGUCCGUCGACGAGAAGGACAACGACGGAUGGACGCCCCUGCUCUGGGCGGCGCGCGCGACCAAGGUGUCUUGUCGCAGGGACCGGACCCCCGCGGGUGUCGAGAUGGUGACGAAGCUGCUAGCGCAGGGGGCCGACGUGAGGGUGCGGGGCGAGGGCCUGUAUGAGAGCCAGACGUGGUCCGCGAGGGAGAUCGCGCUGUAUCACGGGGCGGAUGACGUGGCUGAGUUGCUGGCGGCGAGCGGAGAUGUCCCGCCGCGGGACGGGCGGCGGACUAAGAAUAUCAGAAAACGGGGGGAUGAAACGACGGGGUAUUGUAAUGUUUGCGGGCUCAACUUACGCGGCGUGUACUUCCAGUGCACCACUUGCGACGAAUACAUGCUAUGCUUCAAGUGCUACAAGGCGAAAGACACGGUGCACGCCAACCACGAUUUCAACGACAAGGGGUUCGAUCAUGACUCGGAUGAGGAGGACUCGGACGAGGAGGCUGAGCCUCCAGUCGCGGGAAGCUCAACAUCGGAGCAACUACCUAAGGGUGGUGAUGGGGACGACGAGCAUGAUGGGGGCUUCGAUGACGAGGUUGUCAGUGAUGACGAGAGUGAUGCUAGUGUGGUGCCGGGGAGCGACGGAGAGGGAAAGAAAGAUGAGUGA